AUGCAGCAAGCCAUCUGUCACAUCGUCGCCGCAGCCGCACGCGCCGACGCCCACAGCGGCGACGGCGGGUUCGGCUGUGGCGGCGCGGGCGGUUUCGGCGGGGGAGGUAACGGAGGGGGCGGCGGCGGCGGCAGCGGCGGCAGCGGCGGCAGCGGCGAUGGCCCCAAGCUGAACGGCGGCUGGGGCCUGGCCGUGAUACUGGCGACAACCGCCCUGUUUGGCAGCGUCGCACAGGCCGCCCACGCGUCGGUGCCGGGCCCGAGCGCCGCCACCGCCGUCCCGGGGCCGGCCAGCAGCAGCAGCAGCAGCAUCGAGGGCGUCGCGGGAGGCGGCGCCACCGCCAGCAGCGGCAACAGCAGCGGCAGCGCCUCGGCGGAGCCUGAGACGCAGGGCGAGGGGGAGGGGUCGCCCAAGCGGAUCGUGCUGUUCGUCGAGCCGAGCCCAUUCACAUACACCAGCGGCUACCAGACGCGGUUCCUGGCCACCAUCAAGGAAAUGGUGGAGGCCGGCUGCGACGUCCUCGUCAUCACGCCAGGCCGCGGCGCCGCCGGCCUGCUGCCCGGGGGCAAGGAGCAGCCCGCCGAGUUCGCCGGCGCGCGCGUCGUCGAGGCGGGCAGCUUCCCCUGCCCCGGCUACGGCACCGUCCCGCUGUCGCUCGGGCUGUCGCCGCGGAUCUGGAGGGAGGUUCGAUCCUGGCGGCCAGACCUGAUUCACGUGACGUCACCGGGGGCGCUGCCCGUAGCCGCCUGGCUGUACUCCAAGAUGCUGAGUGUGCCGCUGGUCGCUAGCUUCCACACCCACGUGCCCACAUACCUUCCGAAGCUGGGCCUGGGGUGGCUGGAGGGGAGCAUGUGGGCCUUCAUCCGCACCAUCCACCGCGCGGCCCACCUGACCAUAGCCGUGUCACCCAAGUCCGCCGAUGACCUCAUUGCCGCGGGCGCCUGCAACCCCAAGACUGUCAAGGUCUGGCCCAAGGCCGUCGACUGCGUCCGCUUCAACCCCAGCCACGCGUCCCCCGAGAUGCGAAUCCGCCUGGAGGGUGGUGCCAAGGGCGGCAACGGCAGCGUGAGCGGCGGCGACAGCAGCGCGCCGCUGCUGCUGUAUGUCGGCCGCGUGAGCUCCGAGAAGAACCUUGAGCUGCUCAAGGGGGUGCUGGCUAAGGUGCCUGGCGCGCGGCUGGCGGUCGUCGGCGACGGGCCUGCGAUGGCGAAAAUGAAGGCCCACUUUGCGGGCACCCCCACCACGUUCCUGGGGGAGCUGAGGGGGCGCGAGCUGGCGGUGGCCUACGCGAGCGCUGACAUGUUUGUGAUGCCCUCGGAGACUGAGACUCUGGGCAACGUUGUCGGAGAGGCGAUGGCCUCCGGCCUGCCCGUCGUGGCCGCCGCCGCGGGCGGCGUGCCGAGCGUCAUCGGGCGCCCGGGCGAGGCGGGGCUGCUGUUCCCUCCCGGCAACGCGGACGCGGCAGCGCGCGCCAUCAAGAAGCUCAUGGAGAACCCCGACGCCAGGCGCCGCAUGGCGCGCGAGGCGCGCGCGGAGAUGGCGCGUUGGUCCUGGCGCCGCGCCACCAUGGAGAUCCUGCGGGACCACUACCCGGCGGCCCUCGCCGCCGCGCGGCGCGCGCCCAUCCAACCGCUGCUCGCGGCGGCCUGA